UGUGUUUCUUCAAUUCCUCCAUAUAGGAGUGAACAAGAGGACAACCCGGCAGAUGACAGCCAUGCAGGUCAGAUGCAUCGGGUUUUGCUGGAUUCCACGAGUCAGUUGACAAAUCUACGGAACAUCCCUGUCAAUGAUGUGCCACUGGUAGAUUCUGGUGAGCCAGCGGUAUUGAACAUAGAAGCUGCGUUAAGUUCUGAUAUUUUAGACAUUUUUGGCAAGCGUAUUUGCGAAGAAAGAGUCUUUGGUCCCCCAGUUCUUAAAGAUCUGGUGGUACGCUGCGAAAAUGUUAUUAAGAAGGGUCUGUCGGAGGAAAUUAAAGUAGAGGUUUUGAAGAAAUAUCCACCUCCUAGUAACUGUACGUCCAUUGAUCCUUCCAAACUAAAUCCUGAGUUCAAAUCUGUUGUCCAGGAGUUAGUUACGAAGAGGGAUGACCGCAUUCGGAAGAAACAGGAAAAGAUUACUGCUUCCUUGGUGCUUGCAAUGCAGGCAAUGUCUAUUGUUGUGAAGGGGAAGGAGAAUCCUGAAAUGCUGGCUUUAGUUAAAUUCUUGUUGAACUUGAUCCAAUUAUUGGCGGAUCUGCAACACGAUGAAUUUUUUGUUCGUCGAAGCCUGAUAUUAGCCAAUAUCAACGCAUCUCUUCGAGACGCCGUCAACGCAUCUGGCUGCGGAGAAUUUUUGUUUAGAAGCAAUUUGGAAGAGGUAUUGAAGAAUGCAAAAACGUUGGAAAGUUCCUGCAGGGAGCUCAAGGUCGCUCAAAGAUCGCAACCUUUGAAACAAACAAAAAACUUGAAAUUCCCGCCCCGUCAACCUCAGGCCAGGAAUUAUCCAGCGGCGUCGAGCGGACAGAAGCCGAGGUAUCACUUGUUACAAAAGAAGCAGUCGCAGUUUGUUCAGAAACCUCGCUACCAGAGACACGAUCGCGAUCGGAACCGAGAUCGGGAUCACUUGAAGAAACGUUAGAGGAAUGCGUCAAAAUUUUGGAAGAACCUUACCCUGAUUGCAGGAGUCUUGUCCGGAUGAGCUUCGAGAUGAAGGAGGUUCCAAAAGAUUCAAUGAGAAUAUUGUUGGCAUCGCUCAGCGACUCAUCAUGGAAACAAUAUGAUUCCGCUUUGAGGAAAUCGUGGUCUUUUUGCUAAACGAGAAAAAUCAGCCCGUACUCAAAUUCUGUUCCAGAUGUUUUAACUUUUCUGACAGAAGCAUUUGAAAAGGGAGGUUCUCAGGGCACAUUGAAUUCCUAUAGAUCCGCUAUUUCGUUGCUCGUAGGGCCAGAGCUAGCUCACGAUUUCAGGUUAAAAAGGUUUUUCAAGGCGAUGAGUAGAUUGAGGGCGUCGAGGCCUAAGUAUAGUUCAACUUGGGAUCCGAAGAUGGUCUUAGAUUAUUUAGUUACGUUGCUGCCAAAUGAGAAAAUGAACUUGAGAGACUUGUCGUUAAAACUUAUCAUCUUACUCGCUCUUACUACGGGUCAUCGAAUGCAAACCUUUUCGCUAAUAAAAUUAGAAAAUAU